AUCGUUUGGAAUGGAUGAGGGCGACCACAGGGAGGUGGGGCAUUGUCUUAAUCAGGUAAACUGUUAUGAAGCCCGAUAUUUAGCGCCCUGGUUUUCAGAGAAAAAAGGCAGCCGCCUUCUUUGAACAACAAUCAUUUCGAAUUUACGUGAUAAAACAAUUAGUCAACUUCUAAAACCCACUCGUAUAGCUGCCAGGUUUCAUUCAGGCACUUGGACGUCGGACUAGACGCAGCUCUUGUUGGUCUCAUCUCGCUAGAAUUUCUUUUACCAAAGUUCUAGGAGGUACGGCAUAGAGCCUAGAUGGCAGGGAAUCACAUCUUCUCUAUCGAGAGGCUGGCUCAGAGUAGCCGGGUCCAGGAGAAGGAGGACACGGCGUGUGACAGCGAGGUGGCCCGGAUAACCUCCUCCAGCUCGCCGGUUCAGGUGCGGCGCCACGUCCCCGUCUUGCCACAGCCGACACAACCGUCCUUUUAUCAUAGGGCUCGGGCAAUGAAGAAGCCAAGUUCCCGCGUGGCCCUGACCAAAGUGACGGCUGCGAAGGCCAGUUCCCCGAGUAUCUCCCCCGACUCUCGCCGGACAGAGCAGGCCGGGUGCCGGGCAGUUCCCGCCGACUCCACGUCAGAGCAGACGUCGGACGGAGACAACACCAGCGAUGUUGAGAACGAGCGAUACUCCUCACACACCCCGGACGGAGACUCCCCGGGCCCCGAGCGUGUUCCCUCGCGGGAGAGCAAGAAGCUGCGCACGGCGUUCUCCAACCACCAGGUGCACGAGCUGGAGAAACGGUUUAGCACGCAGAAGUACCUGUCUGCCUCGGACAGAGAGGAGCUGGCCCACGCACUGGACCUCACAGAUGCACAGGUGAAGACGUGGUUCCAGAAUCGGCGGAUGAAGUGGAAGCGGCAGGUACAGGACGCAGAGAGCGAGGCGCGGCGGUUCGGCAUGUACGGCCCCCACCACCACCCGCACCUGGCGUUCUUCCCGUCCCUGGGCGUCACCCUGGCGGGACUCACCCCCAACAUGCUCGGGCACAGCGGUCACGGUCUCCCGCCUACGCCAGUCGUCCAUCCCGCUGGACCCGUACAACAUCACUACGGACAGGGUUAUCACCCUUACACGGUCCCCGUGUCUUCUCUGCACCACCCAUCUGCACCUGUACCCCCGACACACGCCGUACCCGGCCAGAUGCUGCCCCCAGGAUACCGCGGUCAGCCCUGCCACACCUGGGGGGACCCCACUCACCAGCCGCCCGGCUGCGGGGCACCUAACUCACCCCAGGAACCAUUGAGACACAACCCAGGACUUCUCAACGUAGGCGUGCAUUGACAUGUUUAUCCUCAAACCUCCUCAGUUAUCUGAAUGUUUAUAACUGGAGAAAAUGUAUAUAUAAUAGCGAUUUUCUUAUGAGUCAUGACAUAGCCAACAUAUUUUGGACAAUAACUUUCUCUAUACCGAAUGCCCCAAGUAGUUGUAACUUGAUUUUCCUGUCCUAAGACAAUUAUCCUAUACAAGAUUUCAACAGGAAUGUCUGCGACAUCGUUGUACUGUGUUUGGUUGUAUUCAAAGAAAGAUGUAUUUUUCUAUUCCUAUGUAUAUAAU